GUGACGUGGCACGGGGGGCGGAAGAGCUUGUUUGUGUUUUGGUUCUGAGGGGAAGUUGCGAGAAGAAAGAAAGGAGGAGACGUGACGGGAUUGUUGAAAUUGUUUUUCUUGGUUCCUAAACACCAACCACAGUGUCCCGGGUUCCGUGUGUAAAUACUACAGCAGUGGUACUUAAAGUUCCAAAAAUCGUCUGGCUCUCAGUAGAAGUCCUCCUUGUGAGGUUUGGCACACAGGACAGCGGGGGAUCUGACUAGGUCAUGGCCAAUCGGGGAGGAGCUACGAGACCCAACGGACCCAAUGCAGGGAACAAGAUCUGUCAGUUUAAGCUGGUGCUGUUGGGGGAGUCAGCCGUUGGGAAGUCCAGCUUAGUGCUCCGAUUCGUUAAGGGUCAAUUCCAUGAAUUCCAGGAGAGCACGAUAGGAGCUGCCUUUCUCACCCAGACAGUGUGUCUAGAUGACACAACGGUGAAGUUUGAAAUCUGGGACACUGCAGGGCAGGAGCGUUACCACAGCUUGGCCCCCAUGUAUUACAGAGGAGCACAGGCCGCCAUUGUGGUCUACGACAUCACAAACGAGGAGUCCUUUGCAAGGGCUAAGAACUGGGUGAAGGAGCUGCAAAGACAAGCUAGCCCUAACAUCGUCAUCGCUCUGUCAGGCAACAAGGCGGACCUGGCCACCAAGAGAGCUGUCGACUUCCAGGAUGCCCAAUCCUACGCAGAUGACAACAGCUUACUUUUCAUGGAGACGUCAGCCAAGACCUCUAUGAAUGUGAACGAGAUAUUUAUGGCUAUUGCCAAGAGAUUGCCGAAGAGUGAGCCCCAGGCUGCGGGAGCUAACAGUGGGCGGAGCCGGGGGGUGGACCUGACAGAAACUGCGCAGCCAGCCAAGGCUCCGUGCUGCAGUAACUAACGUGAAGACGCCUGCCCUCCAACAACCUGUAGAGCAGUAACUAAUGCGGCCGAUGUCCUGAAUGCCACGGCAGUUACUAAUGCAAUGUGGUGUACUCUUAUUCCUCUUCCUGCAAAACAAGAAAAUAUACCCUGUGCCCCCCCAACCCCUUUGUUUUUGCAGUAACGAACUCAAUGCCAUUACACAGAUCUGUUCACGCGGCCACGCCUCUUUUCCUCCAUCACAGUCCCGUUGCUACCCGAUUAUGCCUCAUUACCAAUAUUUUUCUUCUUUUGCGCCAUCCAGCUUGUUACACCUAUCAAUUUUUAUUGAUAGAUUAACGAUAGCCGAUAUUAGAGAUGUUAGUGCACCCUGCCUCCCAUAUUCUUUUAUUCUAACAUGUAGAUAUGGGUUUAAUUAAGAGGAAGUGGUAACUUCCCUUUUUAUGGGAUAGCUUAAGACUUUACUACUGCAUUUCUUAUUCUGGUCUUUUGUUUUUGUUCUUUUUGAUAAUCUUGUUACUUAUUGUUGUCAAAAAUGAUGGAUGCACAAAACUCCUUAUAUGGCUUAAAAUAGAAAAACAAAAACCAUUUGUCGGCAGCAGCACAGAAACAAAUGUAUUUCAUAGAAGAAGAGUGUACUAUUGUGAAUCUGAGAAAGAGGAAAGGCAUAGGGCAGAGAGAGACAGGAACCCUAAGCGCCACACCUCUCUCACGUGGACUCUUUUAUCUUAAAGUUUAAAAACAUUUGUCGACUGGUCAUUUUUGAUUCUCUCUCUCUUAUUCCCUCGGCCUGCCUCCGUUAUCCAGGUCCUUUCCCCCACUAAACUAAAGUAGCACUCGUCAAUAUUUCUCUAAGGCUCCAUUCUGGGGCCAUGCCUGCUUCUAGCUGUCCCUAGUGGCAUUGUGCAAUGUUUCACAGUAUUUACUCUGUGGCUUGAGUGUCUGCAAGGACCAAUGCAGCACAAUAAAAAAAGAAAACCCUGCUCCACACAGCUUUCUCCACAACAAGGCGCAGGGGGGGAGUCACAAUCUCCAGAUGCAGUGUCCUUUGAGAAAUGUUGUGCUGGCCAUCUCUUAGUGGUUAUCCCUGGGUGUCUUGGUUUCUGCCUUUUGGAUGGUUUUGUUUAUGCAGAUUACCUAUUCCACUGUGUUAAUGUUGUUGGACCGCUGCUGGGUUUUUACCUGUUAAAAGCAAAAGGUGAUGGUAGAGAGUUGGAAGUUGCAAUAUGUAAGGCUGCUUCAGAAUCAUCAGUUUGAAUCAUAAAUAUUAGUCAUCUUCUCCUGUUUAGGAAGUGCUUUAGACACAUUUGUGCGUCAGUGUGUGCAAACUGGGCCUGGGAUGGCUGGCAGAUGACAGAUUUCAUCCAUUGACUCACUUGUGUGGGUGUGUGUGCACUCAUUUGCACGUGAACACACGCAUUACGUGAACUUCCUCUCUAUGAACUGUGUCAGACAUAAACAUAACUGUACAUAAAUGCACACAGUCUGUUACACCUCUCCUUUACCUGUGUUGAGCACACUUUUCUUUCCCUGUCCCGCCCCGUCACUUUACAUUGUUACAUACAGCAACACAUGCACACACGCACAUGUACAUGCAUGUGUUCAAUAACUCUUUUUCCAGGUCUUACUCAUGCCUUGCACCAAUGAUGCUUAUUACUAUAUCUUGUCAUAAUUACAGCCAGUGUGAUAUAAAUAUAUAUAUAUAAAUAUAUAAAUAAUAUACUGUAAAUAGGGUGUUGCAGUGUAGUCUACCUUUUUUCGAUUUACGAGUGACAGGACUAAUGCUUGCUAGGGAGAUGUUUAGAAAAUCAAUUAAAAAAAUGUACAGUUAGCAGAAAAUAACAGCUACAACUGGGUUUGGAGUUUGGUUGCUGUUCCUUUUUUCACACAAAUGGUUAAAUUAUAAUCCGUGGUGGUCUUUAUAAAUGUAUGUAGUGUUAUUAACAAAAAAUGAAAUUGCAUUUAUUUAGAUGUCUGUCUUGUACCCUUUUUCUCAAAAGAAAAAAAGUAAUAUCCAAAUAUUUUGGUUUAUAUUUUUAACAUUAUUGCUCUCUUGCAUUUCACUAAUUCUUUUUUAGUGCUAUCAGGCUACUUGUUCACAUUUCUCCAUGCAAGUAGAUCAGAACUUCCAGAAACGCUGGUUGUAAAAGCUCUAGAGAAGACAGAACUAAUCCAAAAGAGUUUGAUGACCCAACCAGCCUCUUUAGCAUCUCAGUAGCCUUACGAAGAUAUUGUAGGAAAACUGUAACAACUAUCAGCUGGCACGAUGGUGAUCCAUGAUUAAAUGAAUUAACACAUGAGGAUGUAAAUUGUAUGUUUGAUUCUUUUCAUUAACACUUAAUUGCAGCCGAAAACAUUUAAAUGCAAGCAUUUUACAGAACUGUUAUGUAAUGACCAAAUAAAAACUGAAAUAAAUUUGA